AUUUAUACUAUAAUAUGAAUCAAAUUUCUGGUGGUCCGUUCUUUGGUGAUUUAUCACAUAAAUUCCCGCUGUGUGUAUUGUGAAAAAUACAUCGUGUUUAUCGAUCCAAAACUGCCGCUCCGCGCCACGUUUUACAACAACCUGUCAGCUUUAGGGGAACGGCAAGCAAAACAAACAGGUCGACAGAAGAAAGAUAUCGGUUGCCGGUCGGUGCUUCGGUCAGACGGACAGGGAGGUUAUCAAGCAUAGCUCAUUUGCAUUUUGUUACGGUUCACUGCUCGCGCCGGUGAAAUAUGUGGAUGCGGUCCAGAUCUGUGGUAAUGUUGUCGUAUUAUUAUUUGCAUGGUCGGCCCGUUAUGACGGUCAGUCCGUUCGGGUUUUGUCAGCGUGACAUUUCUUGUUUUUAAAGCGACAUUGUCGUGCAAAGAUAGAAGUAAUUUUUAUUUGCGCAUUUCAUUGUUAUAAUCAACUAUGCAUACGCGGCGGCUGGUGAAGCGCUCGGUCAUCGGGAGCCGCGUGUACGCGCCGGGUUUAACAGGAGACGCGGCUCCGCUCUCGGGAGUGAUCCAGGCUGUCAAACAAGACAACAGAGAUGCUUCGACCGGACAUCGGCGCAACGUGUACACGGUGCUCAUGCAAGACGGGAGCCUGAAAGAAUACUCCGAGGAAGAGAUUGCACAGAUGACUGCGAAAGCGCCGCUGAAGUCGAGCUUGAAGAGCACCUGUAAUGGUGGCCAGCGGGACGGGCCCACGCAGGGCCAGAAUGGGGGCGUGCAGAGAGGAGAGGUGCCCUCCCUCAGCCCAGAGAGCACAGAGGAGCCAAGGGUGCUGGAGCACAAGCGAACGGGCCGGGCGCUAGAGCCAGAGAAAGAUCACACCCGCUCUGUUUCUCUGCUGGAACAAAAACGCAAGGUGGUCUCUUCCAGCAUCGACGUACCACAAGCCAGGAAAUCAGAGGAGGAGGUGGACAUGGAUAAAGUGACAGCUGCCAUGGUGUUGACCAGCCUGUCCACUAGUCCUCUGGUACGCAGCCCUCCUGUAAAAGUUAGUGAGGGUCUAAAUGGCUCAUGGAAGGACGGAGGCUUUACUCCAUCCAGCUACAACAGCAGUGGAUAUUGGAGUUGGAGUGCGCCCAGUGACCAGUCCAACCCAUCCACUCCGUCCCCACCCCUGUCCGCUGACAGCUUCAAACCCUUUCGGAUGCCCAGCCUAGGCGGCCCACCAGAUGACAACAUCGAUGAGCAUGAUGGGAACAGCUUGUUGUUCGAUGAACCCAUCCCCCGCAAACGCAAGAACUCCAUGAAGGUGAUGUUCAAGUGUUUGUGGAAGAACUGUGGGAAGGUCUUGAGCACAGCUGCCGGGAUCCAAAGGCACAUUCGAACCGUCCACCUGGGGAGGAACUGUGAUUCAGAGUGCAGUGACGGAGAAGAGGAUUUCUACUACACUGAGAUCAAGCUGAACACCGACUCUGUGGCGGACGGUUUGAGCAGUCUGUCUCCUGUGUCCCCGUCUGUGCUGUCCCCCCCGCCAGGUUUGGACCAGAGACAGCCGGAUGGCACUAACGGAGCAAAGAGCGAGAACAGCACCACCACCCCUCUUAGCCGCUCUGCUCCCAGCGCACUCUACCUAGUGCACACAGACCACGCCUACCAGGCCUCUCCCACUCACAACCGGACGCAGGGCUUUGGGGAGCAGCGCUCUCAGACCAUUGCAGUGCUCUCGUCUCCCCCCAGAGCUGCAGGCUCACUCAGUAGGAAGUCACGAGGCGAGGGAAAGAAGUGUCGCAAGGUGUACGGCAUGGAAAACAGAGACAUGUGGUGCACGGCCUGCCGCUGGAAGAAAGCUUGCCAGAGAUUUGUUGACUGAAACAGCUGCGACGACUUACACACAAAAACAGGGUGGGCUUCCUUUGCAUGCAUAGCAUAGUGAAAUACGUCCCUUCUUUUUUCUUACUGACCACAGCCCCGCCCUGCUUCACCUUAAACCCACACGGACUUUGAGGGUCAAACCCUUAUGCAUUCCCUCCUAAACCAACGGACGCACUCCCAAUCUUUGCAGAUUUCCAACUCUCCCUUUGAGGCGAGUUACUUUACACUGCAAAAAUAAAAAAAGACUUAUCCAUCUUUUUGUUUGUGUUCAGUAUACUGCCUAAAAACAUUCUUGUCAGUUCCUAAAGGACCAGCCAGGGCAAGACCAGCCUCUGUCCUUGCUCUUUUUAAAAGAGAAGAAAGCUCUCUUUCAGACUGUGUAAGUGCUAUAAAACCCAACUGGAGAAAGUGUUUCUUUUUCCAUGGGCACAUUUUCACACUUCUCCUGCCCAUUUUACUAAAGGUUAAGGGUUGGACAGCCAGAAAACCCUGUCUUCUCAAGAAUGUACCACCACAGGGGUUUGUUUUGGGAUGUUGACUGGACAGCUCCCCUGAAUGGAAAUUCCUCAAUGCAAAAAAAUAAAAAUAAAUAUGGGAAGAGUAGGACUUUCAGCUCCCCAUUUCAGUCAUGCCGACACAAGCAAUUGCACCUACGAAGGACGGAUUUUAUAUCUCUGGUUUUAUAUUUGUGUUUACCAAUAGGACAUUUCUUUCAGGGAUGCGAUCAGUAAAAGCUAAACCAGCAGUUAGAUUUAACAGCAAAGAACUUUUUGUCACAGGAAUACCUUCUUGCUACCAAAAAGGUUUUUUUUUACGUGCCAUUUUGUUUUGUUUUUUUGCUUUGUGUGUAACUGACUUCAACAGUACAAAGACUGCUAUCAUUAAAACCCAAUGGCACAGACUCGCAUCAAAAUAAGUGAUCGCAAGAACCAGCCAUUCAGGCAACCUCUCCUUCCCAACGGACUCCAUCUGCAGGAACGAACUGCAUUCAUAUUAGAGCCAUAUAUGAACCGUGGUGGUUUCACGCCACAGUCUGUUGCCUAGAGAGGUUCAACCAACAUGCCCAAGUAAAGAAAACUCUGCAGAGUGGUUAAUUUUACCUCUGGUAGGUGAGGAGCUCUUUACUUCUCACCUUUUUCCUGACCUCAAAGGUUCAAGUAGGAAGUAAUAAAAAAGCAAAUGCCACAUCUACUCCAGCACAGGAGCUGGAAGCACUCAGAUGUGGUGGUGUUAUUUUUCUGUAGUUGGUACAGCAUUGUGUAACACGGCAGAACACUGGUCACAGGAGGAUGGACGUCUUUUCACGAUGGGCUUCUUUGCAAAGGAUGACCAGAAAAAUUGUCCCAAGAUGUCAACACUUGGUUUGGCUCUUAAGGAAUAUGGCAGCUCGGUUGGCAAUUGUAAUCUGGAAUUGUUUUGGUGGCUCUGAUACAGUCUAAUAUGAUAUCGUCUACGUAACAUCAACACAAGCUAGUUAACUCAUCAUAAACCUUAAAAACAAUGCUUAUUGUGAUCAACUCAUUGUCUGUAUCUGUUUUGUUCAUCACACUGUUUUCCUUUCACUUACUGUGGAUAUGUGUAUAUAGAUAAGGUAUAUAGUAUUAAACCCCCCAAACAAAAUGUUUUAUGCCUAGUGUAACACUUGGUUUUAUUGGUAGAAUGGCUUUGUUCACACUGCACAUAAAUCAGAUUUGGUUUUAAAUCCGAUUUCAUUUAUUAGAUCCAUUUGUUUGUACAAUGUAGUCAAUAUCCUAUGUCUCCAAAUGGGUUAUUUACGAAUACUAUAACCAUCAUCCUGACAAGCGAUUAAAAGAGACUCAUAAACAUCUAAAAGUACAGUAGACCACUUGGGUAUCUGAUUCCGAUUCACACUAAGAUGCAUUAAAGAAAUAUGAUUGGAUUUCACACCUGGUAUGGAUGUGGUUCAUAAAUAUCAGAUAUCAUGUGGUCUUCUGCAGUUCAGAAUACAAAAAAACUUGAUAUGGCGAAGAAUGGGUUUUAAUUUAAUGCAAUUUCACACCAAAAAUUGAUGUGGUUUGGAUCUGGUUUGUUUUAUGUGGUCUUUCAUUAGUUCAGACUACAGAAAACUCAAUGGAUUGACCCACCAAAAAAUCUGAAUUUUGCUGCCUGUGUGAAUAAAGCCAGAUACUACAUGAACAGAAAAAAACUAAAGGCAUUUUGAAUGUGAAUCUAUAAGUAAGAUCCAUGUAAAAAUGAAUAUGCAUUUAAAUAACAUCUCCAAGAAAAUGCUUUAAAACUACCACUGGUUUAGUGUCUAAAUAGAAAAUCCAGAAAUGACCAAGAGUUCAUGACUCUCUACAUUUUGAUCUAUAAUUUUACUUUUUCUCACUUUCUGUUGACACGAUUCAACAGAUCUUGCAAGGAAAAGGUCUCCAGGGCCUUGCGUCUUUCCAUAUGACUGGAGGCAACCUGUUUGUGAAAGCACAGCUAUGCUGAAGCUGCACACCAGCACCCAUGGGCUCUAGCACUCCAAUUCUACUCUAAUGCUUUUUGAAACUUUUUGGCAUCUCAUUCCAGAGAUGAAGUUGAGUUUCAAUAAUUAAUAGCUGCAUACUUUGGCCCCUCCACUGGUGUGAGGAACAUCUCAGAGGCUGCUGCUUGUCCCUCCAUUCCCUUCCUGGUGCUAUUUUAGACCAAAUAGUCUAAGAGAUCUCACAGGCAUUUUAGGUAAGAGGGCAAGCUGAUGUCUACAUUUGUUUACAUUCAGUAUAUACUUGGGGAAACUCUUACCAUCAAGUUUCCUACAAAUUAGACUUUUAGGAAGUGGGAAUAUAUUUCUUAAUGUUACCUAAAUAUAUGCUCUUGCCUCGGAUAAGCUGUUAUGUGAAGUUAAGAUCAUGGUGCAUUUGGUUUCUAAUGAUGUUUCACACACCUGUCACCAUGGUGCUUAUGUAUUGGCUGCAGUUUUGUUAGAUAGGCCAUGGCGCAUUACUCGUGUUCAUUAGAGGUGCUAGUGUUCUUGUGCACAGGCCUUUGUUUUGUUGUACAACAUGUAUUUUAACAUACACGCGGUGCAUAUCAAACUGCAACAUGAGUAUGGCGUUUUCACUAUUUACUUUCUGUAUCGCCAACUUCAUACACAGAUUAAACGGUUAAUAAUGUACCUACAAUACUUAUAUAAGCUAUCUGGUAAACAGUAUUUAGGACUAGUGCUGCUCAUGAAUACCUACUUGGGUCCAUGUCUCAUAGUAAUGCAGUACAAAGCUUUUAUUGUUCAGAUCCAGCUGGAUGCCGAGGUGUUAGCUGUCUUUAUCCUAAGUAGUCUUCUCUGGUUCUGUGUAAACAUACCAUAUAGGUAAUUAACAACAAUAACUAAUAAUGCUAUUAUAUUACUCAAAAUGUGUAACUGUUUUGAUCGAUAUUCUAAGCUACUUUAACACAUCAGAUCCUAGGGAACAGAUCAAGAUGCUUCCCGUUCUGAACUUUCACCAGGUCCAGAGUUUAACACGCUAGUUUAGCCGCUUUAAAAAGAUCUCUUUUCCCAUACAUCAAUGUAGUGCGAUGUUAAUCGAAUACUCAUAUGUCUUUGGUUGGUAUUAGUGUUGGAUCUGUGCAGAUGUUUAGAGUGGGUGUGGAUAUCCCAUGUCAGACUGACCCAAUCUGACUGUCUUUGCAUAGACUGAUUCGUUUGUGUAACUCCAAACCGCCACUCAGCUAUAGCCAGAUGGCAGAUGGGCCACUAAGUAGUCUACUUACAUAACUUGUGUGUUUGUGUCGAGCCACAAACAACAAGAAUGAGUCGAGGCCGUUGACAGGACUGAGUCUGCAAAAAAGAGGCUGUAGUCGAGAGGAACAUUCAAGACUGCACAUUUAAACCUUUUUAUUAUGAAACGGCAUCAUCAGGCUGGAAUUUACUCUCUUUUAGAGGGCUUAUAAUCUCUGCUGUCAUUGGACAGUAUUGGCAUUCUGCAAUGCAUGCUACCAAUAAAUAGCUGCCGGGUUUCCGUGGUUUAUGAUCAGGUCAUGUCUAUCCUAGGUGGCCCUGAGAGGUUUUGUUUUUGUUUUCCAUGGAGGGGGCCAGUCCCUCUGACCGCUUUCAGGAAUGUAUUUGUAUGAGAAUAUAUAGGAGUCUGACUGUGCCUUGGUGAGGUCUGAGAUUGUGCAUGGAGAUGCACAGAAAAGCAAAGGAAUGUUUCUGGUGUCGGCUUGUCUGAGUUCAUUUUGUCUGGAUUUAAACGUGUGGGAGGCCCUUUUUUUAUUACUGAUUUGAAAACUAGCUCUUGCUUUUUUUCUGCUCAAAGAGUCUUUGGAUGAAUUUGAAGCUUGAGGGGUGGGGGGUGUCUUUUUCCGGUUGUGCUUUGUAAAUGAUUUUUAGCUACAAUAUCGUAGUUGUUUUUGUCUUGUUGUUUUCAUCUCCCAUUUUGGAAAUGCAGCAGGAAAUGUUUAAUCAACAUUUCAAACAGGGUUUUGUUAAAUACGGCUGCGUUUUAAGAACUGGGGUGCGUUUUUCUUACAAUAUGCUUAAACAGUGAGAUCAUCCAUUAUUGUCAGAGACUAAAACUCCAGCCUAACAGAUAGGACCAUGCACAGAAGAUCUUAGCAUUAUGAAUCACAAGCUUGGUUGGAUCCAGAUACCGAUUUAUGUUUCCAUCAUGUCUCUCAAAGUAGGGCUGCAUGGUGUAGGGGGAAAAAUUCUGUGCAUGUUUGUCAUAACAAGAUGAUGUUAGCUGCAUAUUGAUUUAACAAAUGUACAUUAUAAACUACUCAAACUCAGAGUAAAUACAGAGAUGUUUAUGUGGAGCAGCAUUUACUGUGACACUAAAAACACCAGAUUAUGAGCUGCUCAUGUGUAAACGAACACCGUGCUGCGCAUCUGUCUUAAACACGCUAUGUAUAUAUUUAUUAAAUUAAAUCACAGCCUUUGUGAUUUGAUUAUUGCAUUAAGCCAUUCCACGAUUUGGGUUUUAAUUUUGAUUAAUCGUGCAGCCCGAUCUCAAAAGAUCUCAGAGAAUAAGCAGGACAUAAUGUAACACGUUUGUUUCAAGCCUUUUUGUUGUGAGAAAAAAAACAUAACCCAUCCAAAAAUCCUAAACAAGUCGCUUUACAUCUUGUAAAUAAGAUGCCAAAAGACACCAUGGGAAUGUAGGCUCAGUGCUCUGAAUGGAUUAUCUCACUGCUGACCUUCGUCAAUCAAGAACCAUGCUAACCUCAAGAACUCAAAGACUGUCGCACUGGAUUUUUACACUUUUUCAAGUAUUUGCUGAUCUAACUGUAUUUUUUAAUACUGCAUGUGCAUGCCGAAGAAAACAAACAAAAAAUAUGAUCUGAAUUUAUGAAUGUUGUUUGUGAUGUUUUAUCUGUAAAAAACAGGCACAGGGCAGGCAGGCUGCUGUUACUACAGGAAUGACAUGCAAAAUCCACUUCCUCUGAAAAUGUACUCAUUUUCAUCAUGUGAUUUCAGUGUCUUUUCAUAGUCGCUCAUUUACAUGCUAUGUUCUGACACAAAGGGCACAUUUUUAAAAGGGACAGUUCACCCCCACCCCCCCAAAAAAUAAUGUGGAUAACGGGACCUUAAAUGUUAAGAACCACUGCUAUAAGCUGUUUUGUAUGAAAAAAAGGCAGCAUGGACAUUUUUAAAAACAUCUCUUAUUGUGUACCGUGUAAAAACAAAGUCAUACAGAGGUGGGGGGAGGGUUGUUGCCAUAAAAACAAACAGAUGCUGAUGAUAAAAGAACCAGCUUCUGACCAUCAUAGCACAGGCGAUAAUAACAAACGCCUGAUGGAUAUUAAAUAAGUACUUCGAAAUUAUCUAAAAGAGAGGACUAGUUCAUCUCAAGGACCAAUGUAGUCAGCCCAAACUGUGCUUUUUUAUUUUUGGUUCACACAGUUCUGUCCCAUUGUCUGUUCUUUUGACAUUCCUGAUUUUACAAGUAUUGUCUGAUGUUAAGAACGGGCAUCUGAUGCCUUGUGCACAUGAUGGAAGUCUACUGUGUAAAGAGAAAAAAGGAAAACUCAGGAUGUCUUCAUCUUUCAUGCCGCUGCUAGCAGAAAAAAAAAAUGCAGCAGUUGAGUUGUAAAGCCAUAAAGGAAAAUAGGUGUGUUUGGGUUGACCCAUGCCAUUUACCAAAAUUAUUAUUUUGACCAGUAAGCAAUGUCUAGACUAUAUUCAAUAACUGUGUAUUAUUCAUUAUUGCACACUGACUAUAUGUAUAUUGAAGAUGUUCAUUGAAGAAGGUACUUGAUGUCUCUAUGCCAAUGUGAAGGAUAAAGUCAUUGAUGGGGAACAGAUUUUAUUGUAGAUGCAAUAGCUAUGAAUCUAGCUAUGAAUAAAUGGAUGGUAUAUUUAUAUGCUUAUAAAAGAUAAUAUAGUUAUCCGUAAGAGGGACACCCUUGAAUUUGGCAGGUUUUCAAACAAAACAAAACAAAACUUGAUUGUACCAUAUUAUGCAUAUAACUUUGGUGACAUUAGCACUAACGUACAGUUGAAUCUGUUACCAAGGUUCAAAUUCAAGGAACCCAAAGAUUAUUUCUCAAAUUAGAGGUGAUAUAACACAGCAAAUACUCUGUAUAAACGUCACUUAAAAUUAACGUAAAAUGACACAAUAAUAAAGUUUUAUUAAGGUGCAUUCACAUUUGCGAAACCUUGGUGAAUUUUUGCGGAUAAAGUAGUCAGUAGUGGCAUUAACCAAGCAGCUUUAUAUUGGGAAACACAUUAAAUUUCUGUGUUAAAACUUGCUAGAUAACAUUUUUCACGCUAGUGACAUGGCUGCAUUUUGCCGCCAGAAUUUCAUGUAGAAAGCUAAAGUGACUGCACCUUUAAGGGCCAUUCACACAGAACGGGUUAAUGGCGUUCAAAAACGCCAGAGGCCCAUAGAAAUGUAAAAGAACAGAGUUUUGAAACACUGGUAACGGCCAAGGGAGUCAGUGUAGCAAAUUUGUACACUGGAAAACAAAUUAAAAGUAGCGCACAUAACGAUUGAAAAUGGCGUUAUUUUGCUUCCCGCGCCUUUUUAAAGGCAAACCCGAGUUUGGUGUGAACUGCCCCUUAUUAAAACGCUUAAGUGUUGUUUAUCCGCGUCUGUAGGCGAUGUAGAUGUGGCCUGACACACACUGACCUGUAUUUGUGGAGAUGAGAUAAAUGAGCGACCUUUCUCAACAUUAAUUACAUUCAUCCCGGGUUUAACACAGACGUCGCGUGCCAGCUCAAGCCGAGUGCGUCGCAGUGACGUUUCCCGUCGUUCGUUCUCAGGCUCACGUGCGUAAUCCCAGCGGGGCUUUGACCUCACGGGCUUCCUCGAGCUUUUCAUCUCUGUAAACCCAUCAUAAUGCAGUGCAGAAAGAUGUGAGGCGCAGGUUUCAGAGGUUCAGGGGGUUACUGUCGGAGGCUGUUAGCCGGCAACAAUUAACUCUAAUGGAAUGAAAACAAAUGUAGCCCUAUUGUUUAACGUUGUCAAGUAUCAGCAGAAAAGAGGGCCUUAAUUAGAGGAUAUUUUUAAGGCCUCGUGCCACUAUAUUUUGUCAUUGUGAGUGUCUAGUCUGUGUUCACUCGGAUACAAUUAUGCAAUUUUAUGCUAUAGUGCACAGGUUUAUGCGGCAACACCUGACAAAUACAACUCUUAAUAAACGGAAAGAAGUUAUUUUUUACACCUACAUACUAGUCUGGAUAGAGGGAGCCGAUGAUAUUUCAUUAUCUGGACUUGAUAUAAAAUAUCGCAAUACAUUAACUGAAAGCACUUGCUUUAUGUACAACGUCUUAUACUGUUUAUCUAAUUGCACCGUUUUGUUUCUCCCAACGUUCACUAGAUUUUGAUCUCCUUUCUCCUGAGGGAGAAGACACUUGGUGACUGUUAUUAUCUAUCUAUCUCACUUGCUGGCUGUACUAGUUUUUACUCUGAGCUGUGUGUAAAUAGAAACUGCCAUUGUAAUUGUGCUACGGUGACAAUGUUCUGGUGCUCGUCAGUGCCGCUGUUGGUGUUUUCUUUGGUGUAAAGACCUUUCCAAGGUGCCUGUGUUCAUACGAGCUCCUGGUUAAUGGUCGUGGAAAAAUAAAGACGAUUUUUUCGGCAGCUGUUUACUAUA